CUUCCACUGAUUGAUUCGACAAACAGCACUCGAAAGUAUAAAAUGGGGCAUUUUUUAGCGCUGUUCGUCCUACUACUCACAGCAGUAGCCUGCCAUUCGGCAUCACAAAACGUCACUGCUGUUUCCUGUACCAUUUCAAAAUACAACGCUGACCACAUCAAAAACGCCCAAAAGGAAUGUUCUGAAAUCAUCAUCGACGGAAUAAUCGUACCAUAUGGAGUAAGUUUGGAUCUAACCGGGCUUCAACCAGGUACCAAGGUGAUAUUUCAAGGUACCACUGUAUGGCAGUACACAGAAUGGGAAGGACCGUUAAUUAAGAUCAAAGGAACGAAUGUGGAGAUCACCGGUGCCGACAAUCACGUGCUCGACGGCAGAGGUGCCCUGUGGUGGGAUGGUUUGGGAGGAAAUGGAGGUAAAGUCAAGCCGAAGUUUUUGAGGGUAACUGUAACUAACUCCGUUGUUCGCAAUUUGUAUAUUAAAAAUGCCCCUAAGAAUGCAGUCUCAGUUAAUGGUUGCAUCGAUUCCGUGAUUGAAUAUAUAACCGUCGACGAUAAGGAUGGUGACAAGAAUAAGGGCGGUCACAACACUGACGCAUUUAACGUUAAUUCCUGCAACAACAUCACCAUACAGCAUUGCACCGUUUACAACCAAGACGACUGCAUGGCGAUGAACUCUGGACAAAACACCUACUUCUUAAACAACUACUGCUCUGGUGGUCAUGGUAUUUCUAUCGGUUCCGUAGGCGGUGGUAGUGAAGUUAAAGGAGUAUUUGUCGACGGUUGCCAAAUCGUCGAUUCCGACAACGGAAUCAGGAUUAAAACCAAAUACGGGGAAACAGGAUCCGUGUCCGACAUCACCUACCAAAAUAUAGUCCUGAAGAACAUCCAUAAAUACGGCAUCAUCAUGCAAGGGGACUAUGGAUCUAAAGAAGGUGUACCUACUGGUGGUGUGCCUAUUUCCCAUGUGACUCUAAAGAAUAUUUCAGGCACCGUUGACAAAGGGGGAGCUAACAUAUACAUUCUUGUAGAAAAUGCAUCGGAUUGGCAUUUUUCUGACAUUAACGUGACUGGUGGGGAAAAGAAAGUGAGUUGCAAAGGAAUCCCAGCAGGAACUGGAGUCUCCUGCUGAUUUUAUACAUUACCAAUGUUUAUAUUGCAAGAAAAUAAAUAAUGAUAAUAGUAACGUUA